CGUUUGCCACACCACUUUCUUAUUUUCGUAAUGGAGAACGUAAAGCGAGGCAAACUCAAACUAAAGAACGGCAGUAAGCUCAAGGUUGCAUCCAAGAAGCAUAAGAAGCAUAAGAAACAGACAUCCAAGCACCGCGAGGAAGAAGAGGAACAGAACCAUGAGCAUGAAAAGAGCGACGACGUGGAGGUGGACGACAUGACUCCUGCCCAACGUCGACACGCUGAGCACCAGAAGAAGAGGGAACAAGAGGAGAUUGAAAAGCUGGCGUCUAAGACCUACAGAGAGCGCAUCGAAGAGCUUAACCAGCACCUCGGAAGCCUUACCGAACACCACGACGUGCCUCGCGUCUCUGCAGCUGGCAACGGUUAAGUUGACGCUUCAAACGCAAAUGCGCAAAUACCCAUUCGAGCUGAACGAGUGGAGCACAGCCAGAUGAACGUGGGUCAUGCCCUAUUUCAUUAGUCGUGUUUUAUAUUCAACAUUUACAUUCAAUCUUAACCACAAUGCUUCAUUUGCACUCGACAAC